AUGAUAAUUAUAGUAUUAGUAUAUGUGGAUGACAUGCUAAUAACUGGUAGCUUCCUGAAGUUAAUAGAAUAUACAAAGAAAGCAUUGCAGCAAGCUUUCAAAAUGAAGGACUUGGGGGAAUUGAAGUACUUUCUAGGCAUUGAGUUCACUAGAUCAACAACUGGUACACUAAUGCAUCAAAGGAAGUAUGCUCUUGAGCUUAUAACUGAAGUUGGCAUGAGUGCAGCCAAACCUGCAGGAACUCCUAUUGACAUCAAUGUCAAACUAACAUCUAAACUAUAUGAUGAGAAUGUAAACAAAACUCAGGAUGAAUCAAAUGAUCCACUAGUUGAUCAGACAAUGUAUCAAAGAUUGAUAGAGAAAUUGUUGUAUCUGAAUAUGACAUGGCCAGACAUAUCAUUCAUCACUCAGACACUAAGACAGUUCUUACAACAACCAAAGAAGUCUCAUCUUGAUGGCUGCCUUAAGGGUUAUUGGGCAUCCUGUUUACUGACCAGAAAAUUUGUGACAGGGUACAUGAUCAAGAUUGGUCAGUCAUUAGUAUCAUGGAAGGAAAAGAAGCAAACAACAGACUCAAGAAGCUCAGCUGAAGCUGAAUAUAGAAGUCUUGCCUCCACUGUGUUAGAAUUAGUGUGGCUACUUGGGAUGUUGAAAGAAGUAGGAGUUGAGGUUCAGUUACCAGUACAGAUAUGUAGUGAUAGCAAAGCUGCCAUUUAG